AUGAGUGACCAAUGUGAUGGUUUGCAAGGUUUCCUUUUCACUCACUCCUUGGGUGGUGGUACCGGUUCUGGUUUGGGUUCUUUGUUAUUGGAACAAUUGUCCUUGGAUUACGGUAAGAAAUCCAAAUUGGAAUUUGCUGUUUACCCAGCUCCACAAGUCUCUACUUCUGUUGUUGAACCAUAUAACACUGUUUUGACUACCCACACCACCUUGGAACACGCUGAUUGUACUUUCAUGGUUGAUAACGAAGCUAUUUAUGAUAUGUGCAGAAGAAACUUGGAUAUUUCAAGACCAAACUUUAGUUCAUUGAACAAUUUGAUUGCUCAAGUUGUUUCCUCAGUUACUGCAUCCUUAAGAUUUGAUGGUUCUUUGAAUGUUGAUUUGAAUGAAUUCCAAACCAACUUGGUCCCAUACCCAAGAAUCCAUUUUCCAUUGGUUAGUUAUGCUCCAGUUUUCUCCAAGACCAGAGCCACCCACGAAGCCAAUUCUGUUUCUGAAAUCACCCAAUCUUGUUUUGAACCAGGUAACCAAAUGGUUAAAUGUGAUCCAAGAACUGGAAAAUAUAUGGCUACUUGUUUGUUAUAUCGUGGUGAUGUUGUCACUAGAGAUGUUCAAAAUGCUGUUGCCCAAGUUAAAGCUAAAAAGACUGUUCAAUUGGUUGACUGGUGUCCAACUGGUUUCAAGAUUGGUAUCUGUUACCAACCACCUACUGCUAUCCAAGGUUCUGAAUUAGCCAGUGCCUCCAGAGCUGUCUGUAUGUUAUCUAACACUACCGCUAUUGCUGAAGCUUGGAGAAGAAUUGACAGAAAAUUCGACUUGAUGUACUCCAAGAGAGCUUUCGUUCACUGGUACGUUGGUGAAGGUAUGGAAGAAGGUGAAUUUACUGAAGCUAGAGAAGAUUUGGCUGCAUUAGAAAGAGAUUACAUUGAAGUUGGUACUGAUUCUUUCCCAGAAGAAGAAGAAGAAUAUUAG